UCUAGACUAAAGUGGCUGAUAAGUGUAUUUUCUAAUGUUACACAGUGUCAAAGAACUUCAUGCUUUUGAAAAUGCAGACAAAAUGACAUCAGAUUUUUUAAAUCUACUGAGUGGCACAUUUCUAACAUUCCAUCUUCUGUUGGCCAGUUAGCAGGAGCAAAGGCUUAAUUAUGGCUGCGGUUAAAUUAUCUUAACCUACCAUUAGAGUCUUAAGUUCCAGGUGACUCUGGGGGAGAGGCUAAGAGACCAAGACACUGUCCUAUUGUCUCAUUUAUUUGAAAAGGCUGGUACAACACUAUUAGUGCUGACCAAAGACAGCAACCGGUGCUAAACAUUUACUAUGAAGAAGCUUGAAAUUUCAUUUUGUGUUUUCAAAAAAGCUCUCAGAGCAAUCUUGUGAUUGCCCCAAAGGAACAAUGGAGGACACUGAUGAUGACAUAGCUGUUAUUGGGAUUGGAUGCAAUUUUCCUGGAGGUGAGGGGGUGGACAGUUUCUGGAGAGUUCUGUUGGAGGCAAAGAACUGUGUGGUGGAUAUUCCAGCUGAGAGGUUUGACACCACUCUUUGGUAUGAUGCAGAAGGUAACAAACCUGGGAAGAUGCAGACAACCAAAGCAGCUCUAAUAGAAGGGUUUAAUGAGUUUGAUUACAAGUUUUUUGGUAUUACUGAAUCGGAGGCUGACUUCAUGGACCCUCAGCAGAAACUUCUGCUGCAGUGUACCUACAGGGCAUUAGAGGAUGCAGGAAUAGCUAUGGAAAGCAUCAGUGGAACCAGAACUGGUGUCUACAUAGGUCUUAUGAACAGGGAUUAUGAGAUGCUCAGAAAUAAUAGCGCUGGCACAAUAACCCACUACAAUGGCACUGGGACGGCCAUGAGUCUUGCAGCCAACAGGAUUUCCUUCACCUUCAAUCUGACUGGCCCCUCUUUUGCCAUCGACAGCGCCUGCUCAUCAUCUUUGGUGGCUCUUCAUGUAGCCAGCCAGGCUAUAAAGCAAGGAGACUGUGAAAUGGCUCUAUGUGGAGGAGUUAGCUGUAUAAUUGAGCCGAGGGUAUUUGUUGCCCUCAGCAAGGCAAACAUGAUCUCACCUGAAGGAACGAGCAAACCUUUUUCCACCCAUGCAGAUGGCUAUGGCAGGGGAGAGGGCUGUGGUGUAGUACUUCUCAAGCCUUUGAAACGUGCUUUGAGAGACUCCAACAAAAUAUGGGGUCUUAUCAGCAAGACAGCAGUCAAUCAAGAUGGGCACUCGGUCACUCCAAUCACCAAACCCUCCAUGGUUCAACAAGAGGAGCUGCUGAGAAGAAUCUACUCUCACUCAGACAUCAUGAACGUUCAAUAUAUAGAGGCACAUGGGACAGGAACCCUUGUUGGAGACCCAAUAGAGGCGGGAAGCAUCUCGAAUGUCAUUGCUAGACCCACUCGUUCUGAGACACUGCUGAUUGGGUCUCUGAAGGGCAACGUUGGACACACAGAAUCUGCAGCUGGAGUGGCUGGACUCAUUAAGGUACUGCUAAUGAUGAAGCACGGCAUUAUUGUUCCCUCAGUUUUCUACUCUGAAGAUAAUGCAAGUGUAGAUGUAAAAGCCCUGAAUCUGAGUAUUCCAACUAAAUCUAUAAGAUGGGAGACAAAUGGGCCAAUGGGAAGGGUGGCUGGGAUCAACAGCUUUGGGUUUGGAGGCACAAAUGCACAUGUAAUUGUAAGGCAGUAUACAAAUGCUACAGUUCCCACUCCAACACCGAAAGACUGUCCAAAAGUCUUUGCCAUAUCCGCAGCAUCUGAGAAAUCAUUAACCCUGUCCAUCAUUGACACGCAUGAAAGACUUUCCAGGAGCCAGUCAGUUGACUUGCAGGCACUCUCAUACACCUCAGCAUGCAGAAGAAGUCAUUACAAACACAAAUAUAGGAAGGCCUUCCUAAUAUCCUCUCUCUCAGAUUUAGAACACCAGUUAAUGUCUGCAGUGAAGGCAAAGGUUCAGGCAGUGAGGUCUAACAACCAGGUGAUCUUUGUGUUCUGUGGAAAUGGGGUGGCCUACAAGGGGAUGUGCAGGCAGCUAAUGAGUAAGGUUCCUGUUUUCAGUGAUAAGGUGAGAGAAAUUGAGACUCUCUUCCAGAGUUAUGGAUCUUUCAGCAUGAGUAGAUGGCUUGCUGGUGAGCAUGAUAACAAUGAUUUCAAUGAGUCAAAUGUUGUGCCAACUCUUCUAUUUGCGAUUCAGGUCAGCAUUGCUACUCUUCUGAAGCAUUGGGGUAUUAAACCUGAUGCCGUGCUUGGCCACUCGGUUGGAGAGGUUGCUGCCGCUCACUGCUCUGGUCUCUUGUCCUUGGACAAUGCUGUCAAAGUGUUGUACCACCGUAGUACUCUCCAGGCCAAAGUCAAAGGAGGGAAAAUGCUUGUGGUUGGCAAUGUGGCUGUAGAUAAGGUAUUAAAAAUUCUUCCGAACUUUACUGGGAAAAUUAGUGUAGCUGCUUUUAACAGCCCUCAGUCCUGCACUCUGUCAGGAGAUGCUGAUGCCAUAGACAUCCUCCAUGAGAGGCUGAAGAGCAUCUUUAAAGAUGAAACUCUCUUCCUUCAUGUCUUAGAUGUUCCAGCAGCCUACCAUAGCUAUAUGAUGGAUCCAGUAUUAGAGGACAUUAAGAGAAGAAUAGAUGUUUUAGAUACCAGCAACAUGGAGUGCAAACUGUUUUCAACAGUGACUGGAGACAAGUUUUCAGAUGGUGAUUUCAGCUCUGGCACAUACUGGGCCAAGAACAUCCGAGAGCCUGUUUUAUUUGAACAAACGCUCCGUGCUGCCAUCAAAGACAAGUCGACGAGGGGAAAUGUGGUCUUUGUGGAGAUUGGACCUCGUAGGGCUCUCCACAGGAACAUAUGUGAGACCCUGGGCAAUGAUACCGUAGUUCUUUCCACUGCAAACCCUGAUAAGGAUUAUGAUACAAUCCUCUCGACAGUAGCAACGCUAUUUGAACUUGGCAUGAACGUUGACUGGCAUCAGCUCUACAGGGGUUCUGAGACAUUGCCCACAGCUCUUCCAGUCUACCAGUUUGACAACACAAAGAAAGACCUGAAUUUUGAAUCAUUGCGGAAAGGUGACAAGCCAUCUUCCUUUACUCCCCAUACACUCAUAUCCCAGAUAAAGAGGGAUAACAAAGAGUUCAUGAGCAAACUCUCUUCAGAGACUGUGCCAUAUCUUUGGGAGCAUAAAAACAACAGCAUUUCCAUUGUGGCGGGUGCAUUUUACGUCGAACUAGCUUUUGCCUCUGUGAUGGCAAGUUUUAAGCCAAGAAAAACUAUUUCCCAGCUCCAUCUCAGUGUUAGAUUUGAAAGUGUGUUAACACUCAACUCACACUCUCAACAGCUGAAAGUGAUAGUAGAACAUGGAGAGAAGGAGGGCUCAUUUGCAAUACAGUCCUCUGCUGCAACGCAUGCCUCUGGGAGAUACAGAUGUACAGAUAUCAAGCCGUUGUUAGAGGAAUCACACAUUUGUCCUCGAAUGAUCUUCCAACGGUGCAAGUUGGUUUGGACGAGAAAUGAGAUCUAUUCAAUUCUUUCUCAAGCAGGAUUUGAGUAUGGCCCUGUUUUCAAACAGCUUGAUAAUGUGCAUUUUGGGGAUGAAUUCAAGGAAGCUGUGAUGGAAAUUCAAGUCCCUGGUGAUCUUCUGAAACAUCUUCAUGAUUAUUUUAUUCAUCCUGUGCUACUUGACUGUUUUCUGCAAAUGACUGCGAUGGUAGCAAUAGGACAGCUAACAGUCAAGCAGGGAUUCCCUUCAGGUAUUACAGAUAUAGCCAUAUCAGGACCACUGCAGGAAGAAAUGGUUAUGUACUUGCGAGCAACUCAGGAGACUCCUGACUUUACUGAUGUGUGUGGUUGCUUUUCCACAAGAGAGGGCAACGUAUUAGUGGAACUUAAGGGUGUCAGGAUUUCAUUCUUGGGAUGCAGCUCAAAUGUUUCCCAGUCAUUGUUCUUCCAAAAUGAAGCAGUUACUGUUGAAGAAGAAUUGCAAAAUGGCAAAAUAAGAGCAAUUGUUUUUGAAGAUAACCUCUGUAUUGCUGAAGGACUCAGGCCAUAUUUGCACCCAGAAUCAAUCACUGUGGAGCGCAAAAAGCACUUGAAGGCAUACCAAGUUCGAAAUUUAGUGCUCCAGUGUCUCACCAGCAGAGUGGAUGUGGAAAAUGUCCUCUUCCUUUGGGGUGCUGAUAACCUCACUCAUCUUUCAUCUGAAAAGAUGCUGCACUGCUUGGUGACUUGCUGUGAGAUUUUUCGCCAGAUUGUUCUGGCUGUGAAAGAGAGCAAACGCUCCUGCUCAAUCCAUGUCAUUACUUACAGAUCAUCAGAAAUGACUGUGGACCAUGUCGGCCCUGGUUUUGCACUGUCUGGUAUGAUAAGGGCUUGUGCAGCAGAGAUGGCAGAUCUUUCUUUUCAGCUGAUUGACCUUGCUUCUGUGACCAGUGAAAACUUGCAAACACUUGCUCAGGUAAUAAACACCUGCAAACACCAAGAGGUUUGGAUCAGUAAAGGGCAGGCAGCAGUAACAAAAAUGGCACGGACCACAUUGACAGAUAAAGCUUUGUUUAAUGGUGAAACACAGUCAAUGAAUCCAAGAGACUUUGUUCUACAAAGUACUGAUCCAUACAGUAUAGCCCAUUUGUCUGCCACCCACUGUGACACUAAUGGAAAAGCUCUCCAAGAGAAGACAGUGGAAAUUAAGCUAAUCAGUGUUUGCCUGCAUUCAUCAGAUUACUUCCCUGUGACCACUUCUCAACUGAUCUUUGGCAAGACAAUGUACUGGAACAAGCAUACAUCACUGAAUCACAAACUUCUGGCUCUAGAUUUCAGUGGCAUUGUCACAGCUGUUGGGAAAAAUGUCAAUAAUCUGAGAGUUGGAGACCAUAUUGCGUCAUGUUACCCAGUUCAUGCCACGGCAAAGAUUGUAAUUCCUGAAACAGUGUGCUACAACAUUAAGUCAUUUCCAUUUCUAAAAGAGACUCCAUGUGUGUCUUAUUUCAUACUGGCGUGGGAGAUCUUGCAAAGAAUACUGUUUGAAGAUAAAAAACAGCACAGAAAGUUGACUAUUGUUUCCCCAAACUCUGCCUCUGCUCUGACGAAGGUUCUGGCUCUCACAGCAGCCAGGUCAGGCUGGAGUGUUUCCUCUCAGUCACAUUUCACUGGAGAACUUCCAUGUUUUGAUGAGAGUCAUGCAUUCGUUCUCUUGCCACCAUUUAAUGACGCUUGGCAGGAGAUGUAUGACAAUGGGGCUCUUGAAAAACACAUUAUUUUCGUGUUUAGCAGUCAUAUGCCACCGUCAGUCUCAGACAGACUGUUUACUCUGAAGAGUGAACACAUUCAUGUGCAUAAACUCGAUGUGGCUUAUGUUCUCCAGAAAGCCUAUCUACAAGCACGAAGCAGGAAUAUCUGUAGCUGGUUAAAAUCAUUAGGCUUUGAUACAGGAUCUUUACCUCUAAGAAGGGGGUUGUAUCUUGUAUCAGACUCAAAAGGGUCCUGGUCUAGUACAAUUCCUGAGUCCUAUUUCACAACAAAGACAGUUCAGCAAAUGGUUUUAGGCCAUGAAGAAUCUUGUAGCCUGGCAUCUGAAAUCCCUUUGCUUGCAAUGCCUGGACAACUCUUUAAACAAAGUUGUGCUUAUAUUGUAACCGGUGGGCUGUCUGGUUUGGGACUUGAGACAGUUAAGUUUCUGGCCCACAAUGGUGGAGGUUGUAUUGCAACUCUGUCAAGAAAAAACCCUUCUAAUAAAACACAGUUUGAAAUGGAUCUCCUGCAGAAAAGAUACAGGGUUACUAUCAUAAACAUCCAGUGUGAUGUUUCUGUGAUGAUGCAGGUAGUUGAUGCAAUUGCAAAAAUUGGUGAAACAUUCCCUUCUUGCCCUAUCAAAGGGGUGUUUCACAGCGCUGCAGUGUUGCAUGAUGCAUUGACUGAAUCUCUUGAUGAGUCUCUUUUCAGAAAGGUGCUGCAGCCCAAAGUCUGUGGUGCUUUAAAUCUCCAUUAUGCAACACUGCACAACAAACUGGACUUCUUUGUGUGCUAUUCUUCCAUCUCAUCAGUCAUUGGCAAUGCCUCACAAUGUAACUAUGGCGCAGCCAAUUCUUUCCUCGACCUGUUCUGCCAUUAUCGACGAAAUCUCGGGCUAGCUGCACAGUCCAUCAACUGGGGUCCUUUGAACCUUGGUCUCCUGCUGAACAAAGAUCAUUUACAAAAGUUUCUAGAGGCAAAGGGGAUGAUGAUAAUGGAUGCUUGCGAGGUUCACGAGACACUUAAAAAGAGUCUUUUGAUGAACAGACCCCAACAGGUAAUAUGCAAAUUCAACUUUAAAAAUCUCAGUGUCCAUGUUCUUUCGCAAAAUGGGUCUCUCAGAGAGCGAUUGUUACCUUUGGUAGAAAUGGAGCUCAAAGAUGAAGUACAUGACAAACCCAAAACCCAAAGUUCUUCCACAUAUGAACAUGUGAGCAAUAUUGUGAGUGAAAUAAUCAAUGUAACUGCAGAGGAACUGGAUCAUGACCCCAAUCUGUGUGCUUUGGGGAUUGACUCGAUGUUAGCAAUGACUCUGCAGAACAAGAUUUUCCAGGAGACAGGUGUAAAUAUACCUUUGGUUGUAAUACUGGACCCGAACAGUACACUUACCAGUUUGGUAUCUAAUGUGUUAAAAAGUGAAUAAUUAAUUGCUAUUCGAUUACUACAGAUGCCAUUUUAACUAAAUGGCUACAUUUGUCCAACCUGUAAAAUAGACCCCAGGCAGUGUUUUCAAAGAUAAUUGAGUAGAUGGUGCUAAAUAGCUAAAAUAAAUAUUUACCCAGCUUCUAGACAAACAAACCCUAAAUUCCAUUUUACUUUUCUACAUUUAUUGUAUUGAUUGUAUGUAUAGUUUUUAAAUGAUGUUAAAGUCCUUUAAGUUGGGUUGCAGUGAAGAAAAUGUCACACAUACAUUGCUAACAUCCUGCUAAUGCAGGGGUGGGCAA